AUUGCAUACAAAGCAGAUAAAGAAGGAAAGAGAGGAUUGGGCAUCAUCUCUCUCUCUCUCUCCGAUGGAGUCAACAUUGAACGCCACGACCACAUCCACCGCUUUGGCUCUCCUCACCGUCACCAAAGCCCUCAACCGCCGCCUCUGCAAAAUCUUUCCGGCUCAACCCCUCGCCGCUCGACUGAUAUCUAAUCGCCUCACUUCCAACUACGCCGCGUUUCACUGCCAGAGGCAGCGCGGCGGCCUUCUCAGGCGGCGGCAGAGCCUGUGCGGCGUUGUUUCUGUUGAUCCUGCCACACGGCGUCGUUUACAGUGCGUCGGCAGCAGCCACGCGUCCUUCGCUUCCGGCGGUGGAAAUGGCGGCUUCGGCGGAGAGAGCGGCGGCGGUGAGGUCUCUGCCGUGUCAACUGACGUCAUAAUGCUCGAUGUUGGAGGAAUGACAUGCGGAGGUUGUGCAGCAAGUGUGAAGCGAAUUCUAGAGAGCCAACCGCAGGUGUCAUCUGCGAGUGUAAAUCUUACGACAGAGGUGGCAAUUGUUUGGCCUGUCUCUGAAGCCAAGCUUACACCAAACUGGCAAACCCAGUUGGGGGAGACACUUGCAAAGCAUUUGACUAAUUGUGGUUUCAGUUCUAACAUUCGUGAUUCAGGAAGAAACAGUUUUCUGAAAAUGUUUGAAGGAAAAAUGGAAGAUAAGCGCAAACGCCUGAAAGAAAGUGGUCAGGAGCUUGCUUUCUCUUGGGCUCUAUGUGCUGUCUGCCUAGUCGGUCAUCUAUCUCAUUUUUUUGGACCUACUGCUUCAUGGAUCCAUGGAUUUCAUUCAACAGGAUUCCAUAUGUCUCUAUCUUUAUUUACAUUGCUUGGUCUUGGGCGUCGGCUUAUCCUUGAUGGUUUGAAGAGUCUUGUUAAAGGGGCUCCAAAUAUGAAUACUUUAGUUGGUCUUGGGGCUUUAUCUUCAUUUACAGUCAGUUCCUUAGCUGCCUUCAUACCAAAGCUGGGCUGGAAGACUUUCUUUGAGGAACCAAUUAUGUUGAUAGCAUUCAUACUCCUGGGGAGGAAUCUUGAACAAAGAGCUAAAAUUAAAGCAAGCAGUGAUAUGACCGAGCUUCUUAGUAUUUUACCAGCAAAAGCUCGUCUUCUCGUCAAUGAUGGUGUUAAAGAUUCGGAAACCAUAGUUGAAGUUCCAUCGAACAGCCUCUGUGCAGGAGAUCAAGUUAUUGUUCUACCUGGAGACCGUGUUCCAGUAGAUGGAAUUGUUAAAGCUGGUAGAAGUACCAUUGAUGAGUCAAGUUUUACUGGAGAGCCAUUGCCUGUGACCAAACUACCUGGGAGUCAAGUUGCAGCUGGAAGCAUAAAUAUCAACGGAAGUCUGACAAUUGCAGUGCAGAGACCUGGUGGUGAGACUGCAAUGGCAGACAUUGUUCGUCUAGUAGAACAAGCACAGAGUCAGGAGGCUCCAGUCUGGCUGACAAGGUCAUCACUCUUAGUGCUUGAAUUGACAUUAUUUUGCAGUUAUGUUCUCACAGCUGUGAUAUCCAUCUGACCUUGAAGUAUAUAUAGACAUAUU